AUGACGGGCCGGGUGGAGGGUCUCUCAGGGAUAUCUGCGCCACUUCCUCAUUCAUCCACCUGUCAACGUGCGGGAGGGGGGCGUGGUCAAGCCUCCCUCCUCCCAGGCCGUCGCCAGCUACUUCCUGCUCCCCGCUGGCGUCGCACUUCAGUUUGCCGCGAUGGCUGCCGGCUGAUUGCAGGUGUGCAGGUGUGCAGGUGUGCAGGUGUCUCCAAGGCUCCAGGUGAGUCCCUCUUCAGUCCGCGUGUGGUGACGUCACUGGUUCAGGUGUGCUCAUGGAGAGGGAAGGUUCCUCGCUCGGCCGCCGCUCGCAGCCCAUCGCCAUCGCCUCCAACAGGUGUGACGGCUGGCCUCAGGCUCAAAUGGGCGGAGUCUUUGUCCUCGUCUGCGCCCGCCAUCCCCAACCCUUUUCCUGAGCUGUGCAGCCCCUCCCACUCCCCUGUUGCCAUGGCGACGCUCACAGCACCAUCCAGUGGCAGACAUCUGCUGAAGGUGUUGGGCGAGGACCACCGUGGCCGCUCGCUGUGGGUGGGCCACACCACCACGGCCAGGGAGGUGUGUCACAUGCUGGUCCGGACCGCCGGCUGCAGCCAGCAGGAGAACUGGACCCUGCUGGAGUGUCACCCCGCUCUGGGCCUGGAGAGGUGCCUGGAGGACCACGAGGCCGUGCUGGAGGUCCAGGCCAGCUGGUCCCUGACGGGCGACAGCAGGCUGGUCUUCUGCAAGAACUACGCCAAGUACCAGUUCUUCACACAGCCCGCACUCUUCUUCCCGCAACACAUGAUCUCUGACAGCGGCCAUGUGGAAAAAGGGAUGACAUCAUCGAAGCUGGUGCAGAACCUGCUGGGGUCUGGGACGUGUCCUGAGAUCCAAGGCUUCCUGCACGCCAAGGAGUCCAAGUCCUGGAGGAAGAUCUGCUACUUCCUGCGGCCGUCUGGACUCUACUGCUCCACUAAGGGGGCGUCUAAGCAGGAAGUAGAAGAGGUGUGUGACCUUCAUGAGGUGCAGGUCUACAAGGUCCUGAAGGAGACUGCAGAAUUCUACGCUGCUCCUUCACACUUCUGCUUCUGUCUCAGACUGUCCAGAAGUGCAGUCCACCUACAGGACUACAAGAUAAUGUGUGCUGACAGCGAGCAGAGCAGAACUUGUUGGAUGUCAGCAUUUAGAUUGUUCAAGAUAAGAAAACCCACUGAGAUCAAGAUAAGAUCUCUUUCACAAGGGUGA